CUUUGAGGUAUGUACGGAUAGGUAGGCCGUCCAGGUCGGGUCUCGCAGUGUCCGGUCCAUCAGCGAAGCCACAAUCUAAUGGACACGACGACCGGGUCUUUUCCAAUUUGGCGCUUGUCUCUCCUUUUCUUUCAAGCCCAGCCCAGCCGUGAGCCUCAUUCUUCUUCUUUCGCAAUUCUCUCUUUUGCAUCCUACAUAUCUCUAUUUGCACGACAUAUCGCCCCCCAAUAUCCUCUCCGUCCGACAAAACACCACCAUAGGAGAGGAGGCCUGCCUGCGUCCAAGGGUCCCGUCGCCGUCCCAAGAUAGCUUCUCCCUCCCUCCCUCCACUCCCACACCAACCUUACCUUGUCCUAACCCACGGUAACGACCGACCUCUUCAAGCCUUGGCCUGACCGACCGACCGACCGACCGAUCGAAACCCUCAGACCCCUUCCCGCGACCGUCCCCACGCGCCUCAUUGCACCAGUACCGCUACGCUACAACCUCCCCCGUAGACAUUCGCUUGCUCUACAGCGUACCUUGCCGCCCACCCGUCUCGUCUCGUCCGGUCCCUAUUGUUGCUUACCUUACCUUACCUCACCAUCCUCGACACUUCGUCCGAACCUCGCCAAUUGCAUUGCGACAUCCUCAAGCUCGCCCCGCUCCAAACACUCCAGCAGGCUCAAGUCUGUGACACGUCUGGCUCCAGUGCGCGCCCCGACAAGCCCAGCACACCAAGGCCCAGCAGCACAGGGGACGCUUCUGCUAUUUCGAAACGCCCGUCAUGGCGCGACUCGACUCUUUUACGGCCUCGUUGCCGCUCAAGUCUUUCUCCUCCUUCAAGACACUCGCUGCUGCUGCAUACAUCCUCACAUCCCUCCCCAUGGCUCUCGGUCACGAACACGGCGUCAGCCACAUCCAAGAGGGCGAGACCGUCUCGCAGGAACCCAUCGACACAAUACUAUGGAUUCAUAUCUUCAUCAUGAUGCUGGCCUUCGGGGUCAUCUUCCCCGUCGGCAUGGUCUUGGGAAUGACCAAGAACCGCUGGCAUGUUCCGACUCAAGUCCUCGGCUCCGCCCUCGCCAUUGUUGGAUAUUUCCUCGGCCACAUGCAUGGCGGAAGACAAUUCGUUGCCCAUAACGUCCAUGCCUCCUUCGCCAACUGGCUAAUGAUCAUCAUGGCCUCUCAGGUCGGCUUGGGCAUUUACCUCAGACUGCAUCUCGAGAAGGGCAUCAACGGUCGUAUCCGCCGCUUCAUCAAGCCCGCCCACAGCAUUUUGGGCAAGGCCUCGCCAGUCUUGGCCUGGACACAAUUCUUGUUUGGCGGCAUCACCUCGCUGGGUUUCUGCCAGGGCGACCAUCUCGGCCAGUGCUUGGCGCAUUUCAUCAUGGGUAGCGCCUUCAUUGCUUACGGAAUCAUCUUGACCCUGCUUCUCCUCGUUGGACAGCUGUGGGUGCGACGCAGUGGCCGAUCCCAGGAAUUCUUUGACAGCAUUGUUAUCGCGGCAUGGGGCUGCGUGAACACCUUCACCGAGCAUCGAUGGGGCACCGAGUGGGUCAGGAACGACUGGCAACAUACAACCAUGGGUAUCAUUUGGUGGUGUGCUGGUCUUGUUGGUAUCUGGCUCAGCCGGGACCGCGACGGAAACCCCAAGCGUAACUUCAUUCCCGGCUUCGUCAUUGGUGUCACUGGAUGGGCCAUGUCUGCGCAUCCCCAGGACCUUCCCAUCAGCGCCAUGACCCACAGCAUGUUUGGCAAGACCUUGAUGGGUGUUGGCAUUACCCGUGUUAUUGAAGUUGCCUUCGUUGUCAAGGACGGCGUUGGCGUCUCUGCCGAUGGACGCCAAACCAACAGCUGGCAGUUCAUUCCUGUCUUCCUUUUGUACGCCUCUGGCUUCCUCUUCAUGGGUGCCACUGAAGAGCAGAUGGAACUUGUCGCCAACUCGGGUCUCGACCACGUGUCGUAUAUCCUUAUCCUCUACUCCUUCGCAUUCCUUCUCUUCCUUUUCACCAUGAUGCUCAUCCACCUGUUCGACCGUAACACCAACACCGAAGGCAAGGUCAACCUGGCGAAUGGUGUGCCCAUGGCCAACGGUCGCCCCGGUGAAACCCGUCAAGUGCGUGAUGCGGAGGAAUUCGAGCUCGAGGGCCUUAUGAGCGACGACGACGACGACGAGGCUCGCAAAGGCCUGAAGGACGAAGUUGAUGACGAGGGAAGCCCUAGCAGUCCGAGCACCAUUGGCAAGAACAGUGACAGAGUGGCGCGGUGAUAAAUGUAAAAGAGUAGUCUUCAUUGGCGUUGAUUGAAUAGAUGGGAAGGGCAUAUCGCAUUUCAGGUUCGGCGUUUGGAUCCAGGUUGCAGCACAUUUCAUGGGCAGGAAAGCGUCUCAAUAGGAC